UGACCAACAUUAAUAAAUAAAAAUUGAAAAAGCUCUAACCUUACAAUUAGCCCGGAAAACACUGAUAAUACUUCAGAAAGAGGGGAGAAUGCUGUGACUUUAAGAGUGAAUGAGGAUCAGCGUCCCUCUGAUUCGUUGGUGGAAGUGCGAGCCGUGAACCAAUAGAAUUGAAGACUGUACAAAGCAAUCUGGUCCCUGCCCCCUGCACACAGCUUCAUCUCACACGUCGAAUGCACUGAGCUGAGGCACAGACAGAAAGGAAUCAGCUCGAUUUUUUUUUUAACAUUGAAACGAAUUAUUCUUCGGCAUUUGUGCCGUGAUGGCUUGAGGUGUUUUUUUAUAGAAAUAUCCUCCAUUUGUGUGGAUGGAGCAAAUGCCGUGAAGAGGAUGUUGAGAAGGAUUUUUGCAUCAUAGGGAGCAAGGAUGACAAAGACAAUAGGAAACCGAGACUGGCGAUGGCGAGCUCUUUUGUGGCAUUUUCUCAUGUGGACUACAGUGGAUGCGCAGACUCGUUACAGCAUCCCAGAGGAGCUCAAGCAAGGUUCCGUGGUGGGGAAUCUGGCCAAAGAUCUGUCUUUGGGGCUGUCUGAGAUAUUUGAGCGCAAGCUGCGUGUCGCCUCCGAGGCUGGUAAGCAGUAUUUCAGCGUGGAUGCGGGGAAGGGCGAGCUGCUGGUCAGCGACAGAAUAGACAGAGAGGCUUUGUGCGGACAAAGCGCAAGCUGCGUGCUCCCUCUGCAGGUUGUGGUGGAAAAUCCCCUGCAAUUGCAUCGAAUUGAAGUAGAAAUCAGAGACAUUAACGACAAUGUUCCUCGUUUCCAAACGCAGGAAAUUAACCUUAAAAUACCAGAAUCCGUUGCAGUGGGUACCCGUUUUCCAUUGGAGAGUGCAGAGGACCCCGAUGUUGGAAGAAAUUCUCUCAAAACAUACACUUUAAUGAAAAACGAUUUUUUUUCUUUGAAAUUCAAGGAGGCAAAAAAUGGUAAAACGGUUCCUGAGCUGAUGUUAGAGAAAUCUUUGGACAGGGAAAAAAUGUCCACUCAUCAAUUGCUCUUGACAGGAAUAGAUGGGGGAAACCCUAUUAAAUCUGGUACAUGUAAAAUUAUAAUUGAUGUCCUUGAUAUUAACGACAAUGUUCCAAUAUUUAAUGAAAAAGAGUAUAGUGUCUGUUUAAAGGAAAACAGCACCAAAGGAACAAUUGUAGUGACGGUAAAAGCUGCAGAUGCAGAUGAAGGUGUGAACAGUGAAAUUAAAUAUUCCUUUGGUUCUCGUACUCCAGAAACUGUUUUAUCAACGUUUGAAAUUAAUGAACAAACUGGGAAAAUUGUUUUAAAAGGAGAAUUAGAUUAUGAGGCAUUUGCAUCUUAUCUGAUUGACAUAAUUGCGAAAGACAAAGGUGUACCUGAAAUGGAAGGUCACUGUCAGUUACAAUUAGAUAUAGAAGACGUAAAUGAUAAUGCUCCUGAAAUUGUUUUGACUUCAAAACCCAGUCCUUUACGAGAAGAUGCGUCACGUGGCACAGUG